GAUAUGGCGCGUCGUUUUGUUUUGGUUUAUGAAGUUUCAUGUCCAGCAUGAUUAGGAGAUUUUUCCGCGGUAACAACCGCCACGCACUCGAAAAUAAUUACCUGUAUAUUUUCGCACGGUCAAUAGCAAUCCUGUUACCUUUUAAUGAUAGUAACAAAACCGUUGAAGGCUAACAGCUACUGGGAUAUAGCUCACUGGUUUCGGGCAUGUGAAUUGCUCGUUCUCAGCUGCAACGAUCACGUUAGCGCCCACACCAGAUGCCAUCAGAAUGCAUGCAAAAGUACAUUAAGCCUUUAAUACAACAUCGCCAUCCGUAAAUACUGGUGACAUCAAGGGUCACGACUGAAAUCUCAUAUCAGCUGUUUUUUCUUAGUGGUGUCUGGCGCUGCAAUUCACUUUCUGACGUAUGCCCUUCGUAAGCUGCUGCACAAGAUCCAUGUCCCAUGUGCCAGUCCAACGUUGCGGCAUUAUACGCCUCGUCGGGCCGUUCUCUAUGUGCCGGGCAGCGAUGAGAGAAAGAUAACAAAGGCAUUCGGCUUAGAUGUUGACUGCAUGGUUCUAGACUGCGAGGAUGGCGUGGCUGCCAAUAAAAAGAAAGAGGCACGUGAGACAGUGGCUCGUGUGCUGGACAAAGCAGAGAGGUCAGAAGGACGCAGAGACCUGGCAGUGCGCAUCAAUGCAGUGAGCACGGGCCUUGCGGGGGAUGAUAUUCAGUGCCUCCUCGGUGCUUCUCAACUUCCUAGUACGUUGCUGGUGCCUAAGGUGGAAGAGACCAAGCAAUUGGACUGGGUGAGGGACCAGGUGGAGCGUGCCCUGGGUGAGCGGCAACACCGACUCGAGCUCAUUGUGUGCAUUGAGACAGCAUUGGGCCUGCUCAACUGCCGCCAGCUGCUGGAGCAUGCCUCUGCAAUGACACACAGCCGCCUGCAGUUGGCCGGCCUGUUGUUUGGUUCUGAUGAUUUCACAGCCAGUAUAGGAGCCCGGCGCACACCAGAAGCUACAGAGGUGCUGAUGGCACGUCAGCAGCUGGUGGUGUUGGCAAAGGCAUUCGGCAUCCAGGCUGUUGAUAUGGUCACUAUAGACUUGAAAAAUGAAGAGUUGCUGCGACGCCAGUGCACAGAGGGGGCAGCCAUGGGCUUCACAGGAAAGCAAGUGAUUCAUCCAUCACAGAUUGUGCCAACCCAGGAGGCCUUUGCCCCGACCCCUGCUCAGCUGGACCGGACACAGCGCCUCGUCAAGGAGUUCCACCAGCACCAGCAACAAGGAAAGGGGGCAUUUGUGUUUGAAGGCAGCAUGAUCGACAUGCCCAGUGUGCGGCAAGCACUCAACAUUGUGGAAGCAGACCAGGUUAUUCAUGGCAAGACGUCUUAAGUAAGGCCAAUAAAAAGCUUUUUUAUGCCCUU